GAUGAUGAUGAAGACGAUUUUGUGCCACCAAACUGGGAUCCUGCCAUUGAAGAGAUGGAAUUCCAUGCACCUAUACAUGCCUCACGGGACACCACCACUGCUUUUGUACCCGAGGAACAAAACCAAAUGCGUAGAGUUGGUCUGAUUGCUUUUAAAAAGAUUAACUACCCGGCGCUUUAUUACAGCACCGAGGAAAACCGAUUGAAAACAUUUGACGGUAGGUGGCCUUCAAACGCGAAGGUCACACCUGAAGAAUUGGCCGGGAAUUCAUUUAUGAUGUGUAUAAAACACUCGUCACAUUCCCUGAAAGAACAUCUGUCAAUUUACCUGAACACAUGA